UUUACUUUUUAUUUUGUGUGGUGGUGGCAAACGCAGAAGAACACCAUUCAAAAAGUCGUCAUCCCGUCAGCAGAGCCGAAAAAGUGAAUUUCGCGUGAUAUUUUGCGUAUUUGUGUUGCAUUUUUGCGUUGUUUUCCGGUGAUUGCUGCCGUCGUGGACAAGAGAUUGUGACACUGUGGUCGGUCGCGCAAAAGGAAAACAAAAGAAUUUUCGACCGGAGCUGCAAGAGGCGGAACGUCCUCCGCCGGUGACGCCUUCCGGAACUGAUCUGGGACGACGGGCUUCCAGCGCGGCACCAUGGAGUACUACGCGAUCUAUCUGCCGUACAAGGAGCCGGAUGUUUCCAUCAAGAGCUUCUACACGGACAAGGAGGAGGCACUCAAGAUGCUCAAAACGCACAAGGAGGCCCGGCUGAAAGCGUUCCGGACCAGCGAGGAGGCCGUCUACUUCUAUCUGAACGGGCCGACGGAACCGACGACGACGACGACGGCGAGUAGCAGCUUGGUGAUGGGUACGACUUCGGAAAAGGCAUCGCUGACGACCGGAAACGGGAACAAUCUGCUAGGGGGACAGAUGCCGAAAUCUCCCACCACCGGCCAGCUGCCGCUCCCCUCAGCGUCCGCCAAGCUAAAACUGGAAAAGACCCCCUUCAAGGCGCCCAAAAGCCAGGAACUUGUCGCGUUCCGCAAAAACAUCGAGAAGAACGAGCUGGACCUGGUGCGGAACAUCAUCGAGCUGAACCCGCGCUACCUGGUCAGCUCCGGCGAUAUGCCGACGAUCCUGAAGGAAGGUCCCCGCUACAACGCGCUGCACGUGGCCGCCAUGGAGGGCAACACGGACAUGUGCCGGCUGAUACUGGCCACCAUCGAGAAUCCGGCCUUUAUUGAGUUUUUGCACGGCCAGCGGAACGCGUCGACGGACGAGGUGAGCGCGAUUCUGCUGGAUUUGUACCUGAACAUGCCGGACAAGUGCCGGAGCGAGACGCCGCUGCACUUUGCGGCCAAGUUCGGGUCGGUCGGGGUGAUUGAGGUGCUGAUUAGCUACCCGCAGUGCAAGCUGACCAAGAACUCGGACGGGCAUCUGCCGAAGGAUAUCAUCUGCGCCCGCGCCAAACCCCGCAACGACACGCCGGAAAUCCGCCGCGCCAUCGCCGACCUGCUGCGCGAGCGCUUCUACGUCCCGGUUCUGCGCGCCGUCGACCGCAGCACCCCGCCCGUCAUCGGCGAACCCUUUACGCUGGCCAACCCCCCGAACCUGGAGCCGGCACGCGGUGGCGCUGGGGACCGCUUCAGCCCGCAGCUGGAGAUUAAGGCGUACGCGGGCCCGAUGGACCGGGAGCAGGCGCAGGUCUUUUGCCGGCGGUGGAAGACGCCGCCGCGGUUGAUUCCGUCGCCGAGGGCGGGAUUCGUUUCGCCGGUGAGGGGCGUUAGCUCGAGCAGCAAGAUUCCGGUGGCGGCGUCGACGCCGAUUGCGACGAAGGGGGCGCCGGCGGGUGGGAGGAGGACGCUCUUUCCGAACAAGUCGUUUGAGCUGGCGCUGGAGGGGGAGCGGGAGAAGGAGAAGGAGAAGGAGGAGGAGCUGAACAAUUCGAUCAAUAAUAAUUUUGAGAUUGAGGUGGUGAGGGAGGAGGAGGAGGAGGAGGAGGAAGCGCUGGAGGAGGACGUGAAGAACGGGAACAGUGUGGUGAGGGCGGUCAAGUCGUCGGUGGCGAGUAGCUUCCUGUUCCGGAAGUACCGGGAACCGCCACUGCAGAACUCGUUUGCGACGAUCUACGACGACGACGAUGAGGAGGAUGAGUUCAGGAAGGAUUUGGGACCUUCGCAGAUUCCGGUUCCGGUCACGCCGGUCAAGGACAGUCCGCAGAUCAACGGGAACGGGAGCUUCAGCUACUUUUGCGACGGCAACAACUCGUUCUACGAAGGGACCAACAUUACGGAGUCGCCUUCGUUCAAGGAACGUCGCCUCAGGUUGACGGACACCGAGAAGGGGCUGGAGAUCAUCGGGAGGAAUCUGGCCGAGGACCACGCCGUCGGUUGGAACGAGUACUGGGCGUUCCUCGGGACGUUCGCCGACUUGCGGAACAACGAAGGCCUGGCCAAGUUGGAGGACUUUCUGAAGAAGCGUCGCGAGAAGGUCGAACUCGACGAGCAGGAAGAAGCGCUGAAGAACGUCCGGAAGGAACAACUUCCCUCCACGGGACCCAACGACAGUCUCGGCUCGAUCUGCGACGCCCUGGACCAGAUGCGACUUCACACCGGGGCCACGCCCCAACUCCCCAACUUCCGGAAGCGGCCAACCCCCCUCACAUCCCUCCCCGCCGUCCCCCUCUUCCCCGCAGACCCCCCACCCCAAGAACCGCCCCAAAUCCGCUCGAACAUCACCAACCCGUACCUCUGCCUGCACCGCUCGCUCCAGGUCUUCGCCAAGCGCUUCGUCAAGAACCUCGACGACGCCUGCAGCUCCACCAUGACCGUCGACUUCAACGCCUUCUUCCAGCAGGCCGUCGUCGACUGCGUCCGCAAGCUCAACACCCUCGUCGGCAACUACCGCCGCGACGCCGCCUUCACCACCAUCGACUUCUCCCGUGUCCACUCCCGUUACGCCCAACUCAUCGUCCUGCACAUCGAGUCCACCCCGGAAACCGCCCCCAAAAUCAUCCACCGCCUCAAGCUGCUCCUCGAUCGAAGUCGCGACGUCAACGCGGCCCACCGCCAUCCGGACCUCGCCGAAAGUCUCGCCUGUCUGCAGAACCUGCUCGAUCUGUACAUCCUGAAGAGCGCCGAGCUGGCCGGCGCCGGCGCCGAUGAUCCGGAGACCGAGGCCAGCUGUAGUGCGGCGUGGCGUGAGCAUCCGCUGGUGCGGGGAUGUCGCUGUCGGAUUGAGGCGGCCGGGGGGUACGCCAAGAAGGGAAGUAUGGAGCGGUUGGUGAAGCGGAGGGAGCAGAGGAGGAAGGUGACGGCGGCGGUUCCGGUGGCGAUGGAGAAGUCGUCGUCGUUUAGUUUGUAUCGGGAUCCGGCGGGGCAGGAUGUUAGGAAGGUGGUUUCGACGCCGGUGGCGGUCGCGAAGGCGGUUGCCGGGAGGACCUGGUCCGACGAGGAGGAGGACGACGAGGACGAGGAGUACUUUAGCUGCAGCGACUCCGAGCUGGACACCGACUCGGACGUGGAGGACGACGACCCGAACGUCAGCUACGUGACGCCCCCGUCCAGCCCGUCCUCGUUCCUUCUGCAGUCCCCGUCCCCGCUGGCAGACUCCAAACUCCAGCAAGAAUCCAACAACAGCAGCGGUGGCACCAGCCGGGUGUCCACCGACGACGGCGUGGCCAGUGGCGGAGGCGACGACGAAGACGACCAGGACCAGUUUCUGGACACCGUCGGAGACGACGAUGACGAGGACGACGGCGUUGAGCGGGAGCCCGAGUUCCGGAACUACAUCGAGGGCGCGGCCCCGACCAAACAGGACGUGGACGUGCUGAACGUGGUCGAGAAGCGUCCGGUGGACGCGGCCGAAUUUCCGCACGUGCACGAGUGGCGCCAGGCCAUGCUGCGGAUGUCGCCGGAGGAACGGGAACGAAUCGCAACCCAAAAGAAGCCCCGGGACCUGUCCCGCUCGAACUGGCGAGGUGCCGCCAACGCCAACGACACCAGCAUGAACCUCGCCGACCUCAGCGCAAACCAAUCGUCAUUCCUCCUCCUGGACCAACCGCCACCUUCAUCGCCCAAACCUUCCCAGUUGACAACGACGCCCCCGUCGUCCCCGAUCCGGUCCGUGUCGGCGGCCGCCGGAAUGUUCCGCUUUGGGCGGGCCCGCGAACUCGCUGCCAACACUGCCGCCAACGAUAGUCUGGGUUCGCUGGACGGACGCCUCGGGCUGAUGAACAUUUCCGACUGUGGGGUGGACACGCCCAAGGAGGGACACCGCCAUCGGCACCAGCUCAUCCAGCAGCAGCAGCAGCAGCGGGUUGCGCCGGCGCCGUCCUCGUAACCGUUUUGUUUUAUUUUCGUGUUUUAUUCGAGCCUAAGUUAGGGCGGAUUGCGCCGCGGAGAAAGAAAAACCCGGACGUUCAUAUUUUAUUUUAGUUUUUAAAAAGCGAGAUCUAAUCGAAAAAAAGAAGGAAAAGAAAACGAGAAGAAACGCAGGACUUAUGAUUAAGCAACUUAACAUUUUUGUAACACACAAACACACUAGAAUUAGACAAGACAAGAAACCUGCCAAAAAAGAAGAAGAGGACAAAUAAAGAAAGAAAAAACACAUGUUAUUGUUAUAAGUUUGUGUGCAGGAGUGACGUCGUCAUCGUUAAUGUUUUAUUCUAUGUAACUAAACUCUGUCAACCUAACAAUUUCAAGCGAUUUUAUAAUAUAAUUUAACCGAUGAUGAUUUUGUGAUUUUUGUGAAGCGAAAAAAAUAAAUUAAUACAGAAAUUA